AUUUAUGGAAAAUGCUUAAGUGUGCGAAUUUAUUUUCGCACUAUCUGCGAAUGAGUUGUAUUAUUAACCACCGUCUGAUAUACCUCUAUCUCAAUCAUUAUUUCAGCCAAAACGACAAACAUAAUCCUUGACAUAUAUUAAAGUGAAAUCAUGGGUGUUACACUGUGCUACUUUUGCUAUCGGCUAAAUUAUUCACUGAGAAGAUUUAGUCUCUUCACUAUUGAAAACACCAUUUUAGAGUCGCACAUGAUUGGAAACACUGCACUGCGUUGAUUGUAACCAGGGUGGGAUAGCCGCAAUUUACAGACGGAAGAUUGUUGCAAAGACCUACCCUAACGCAGUUCAGUGGUAGCAAUGACCGCGAUCGACCGCAAUGACGGCGACGACGGCGACGGACAGCGGCGAUGAAACAAACAGGUUGAAAAAAGGCUACAUGUGGUGGCUGGCUGGUAGCUACUCUCCAAAAAAACUGCCGUGGUUACCAGAAAACGAGUCUUUUUCAAUCCCGUAAUUUGACCAUUUUUUUUUAAUAUAAUAAAAAGUAGCCUUGUGUGAUGAGUUUGCGCGUUAAGCUAACUGUUCGUGUAUUAUGUGCGAGAAAAACCUUCGCACCAUUUAGCAUUGCUGUUUAUUUAUUAUUAAAUUAAUCAUACCAGUAAUAAGUAUGAGAAUGUGCGCAUUCUUCGGUUGUUACUAUGUGCAUCUUCCAAACAAUUCUUUCUUAAUUUGUGAGGUAAUUAUCUUUGUUAGUUGAUAGAUGAUUGGUAAUAAUUAUUAUUGUGAUAAGAUAGGAGGCGAAAUAUGGAAAUGGAAGACGAUGGAAGGGACGUGGAGCAUAUGGGUAAGGAGGAAGAUAGAAUAAUAAUAUCAUCAAGAUCUUCAUCUGGCGGGUUGACGUUGAGAGAGCCUCUCCUUGUGAAGAAUAACAACAGGCUCAAUACUACCUCCCAGGUUGCCAUUGUUGGAGCCAAUGUUUGUCAAAUUGAAAGUCUUGACUACGAGAUUGUUGAGAAUGAUCUAUUCAAGCAAGACCGGAGGCUUGGAGCAAAAGCCGAGAUUGUGCAGUAUGCCAUCCUCAAAUGGACUUUUGCACUUCUUAUUGGUUUAGGCACAGGUCUUGUCGCCUUCUUCAAUAACAUUGGUGUUGAGAAUAUUGCUGGUUUCAAGCUUCUCCUCACCAACCAUCUCAUGCUUGACCACAAAUAUCAUCAGGCCUUUGCACUAUAUGCUGGUUGUAACAUGGUUUUAGCCAUCGCUGCAGCAGCCCUGUGCGCCUAUGUCGCCCCUGCAGCAGCCGGAUCUGGCAUACCUGAGGUCAAGGCAUAUCUUAAUGGCGUUGAUGCUCCUUCUAUAUUGGCUCCACCUACUCUCUUUGUAAAGAUUUUUGGCUCAAUUUUCGGGGUUGCAGCUGGUUUUGUUGUGGGUAAGGAAGGACCUAUGGUGCAUACUGGUGCUUGCAUAGGAAAUCUACUUGGACAAGGUGGUUCAAAAAAAUAUGGACUGACCUGGAAAGGGUUCAGAUAUUUUAAAAAUGACAGAGAUCGAAGGGAUUUGAUCACAUGUGGUGCGGCUGCUGGUGUUGCUGGUGCCUUCCGUGCCCCAGUCGGUGGUGUCCUUUUUGCACUUGAAGAAGCAGCUUCUUGGUGGAGAAGUGCUCUUAUGUGGAGAACAUUUUUUACUACAGCUGUAGUAGCUGUGGUGCUGAGAGGUUUUAUGGAAUAUUGCAAGGGGGGAAUUUGCGGUCUUUUUGGGGAAGGAGGUUUGAUAAUGUUUGAUGUUAAUUCAGUAAAGCCUGCAUACAGCAUACCUGAUCUACUAGUAGUUAUAUUUCUUGGAGUUAUUGGAGGUCUCUUGGGAAGCCUUUAUAAUUAUCUUGUGGAUAAGGUCCUUCGCACUUACAACAUCAUUAAUGAGAAAGGCCCUAUAUUUAAAAUAAUACUUGUGAUGAUUAUAUCAUUUUUGACCUCUUGCUGUUCAUUUGGGGUUCCAUGGCUAUCAAAGUGCAUCCCUUGUCCUCCUCAUGUGGGGGAUCAGUGCCCAACCGUAGGGCAUUCUGGACACUACAAGAAUUUCCAAUGUCCUCCUAAUCACUACAAUGACCUCGCUUCUCUCUUUUUUACUACCAACGAUGAUGCUAUCCGCAACCUCUUUAUUGCUGGCUCUCACAAAAGAUUCCAGCUCUCCAGUCUCCUGAUAUUCUUUGUGGCAAUAUACUUCCUUGGAAUCAUUACUUAUGGCAUCGCAAUUCCCUCAGGGUUGUUUAUUCCAGUGAUACUAGCAGGGGCUUCAUAUGGGCGUGUUGCUGGAAGUCUGUUAAGUCCAUUUACAGUUUUGGAUGUGGGUUUGUUUGCACUUUUGGGUGCUGCAUCCUUCCUUGGUGGCACAAUGAGAAUGACUGUCUCUUUGUGUGUCAUUCUUCUCGAACUUACUAACAACCUCCUCAUGCUACCAUUGGUCAUGUUAGUUCUCCUCAUCUCAAAGUCUGUGGCAGAUUGUUUUAACAAAGGUGUUUAUGAUCAAAUAGUGGAAAUGAAGGGGUUGCCUUAUUUGGAAGUGCAUGCAGAACCGUACAUGAGGCAUUUAGUUGCCGGUGAUGUUGUUUCUGGUCCACUGUUUACAUUCUCUGGUAUUGAAAAAGUGGGGAAUAUUGUGCACACUUUAAAGGUGACGCGACAUAAUGGGUUUCCUGUGAUUGAUGAGCCUCCAUUCUUAGAAGCUCCAGAGUUAUGUGGGUUGGUUUUGAGGUCUCAUUUGCUUGUAAUUCUUAAACAUAAGGCAUUUACGACGAGGCCAAACGAGAGGUCCUUGAUUAUGAACAAGCUGAGGGCACAUGACUUUGGAAAGCCGGGUUCGGGGAAAGGGAUAAGACUGGAUGAUUUAAAGAUAUCAGAGGAAGAGAUGGAAAUGUAUGUUGAUAUGCAUCAUAUUACCAACAAGUCAUCGUAUACAGUUGUGGAAACAAUGUCUCUAGCUAAAACUGCAGUUCUUUUCCGUGAGCUUGGCCUCAGGCAUUUGUUGGUGGUGCCAAAGACAUCCGGAAGACCUCCAAUUGUGGGGAUCUUGACAAGGCACGACUUCAUGUCCGAGCAUAUAUUGGGACUAUACCCCCACUGCAACUCCCGCAAGUAAGCAGUGACUUUGGGGACUCACCAUCAACCAACCACAUACUCAUCUAUAGUCUUAUAAUACAAAGUACAAAAAACAUGUUCUAUCUCUACAGUACUAAAUUAUCUUUACUAGAAAGAACCACCUUGUUGUUCUAGGAUAUGUGAUGUGAUGAUGUGGCACAAUAUAUACCUGAAAUUGGAAGCACCUCAUAUUAAUUUUCAUAUAUUUUGUUUU